AUGCAGGAGAGUACGAUCUACAAGAUUUUGCCAGUGCUGUUAUGCGGCCUGUCCGUGCCGUUGUCCAUGUUCAUGUGGAUCGGAAACGUGGCGUACUCGAAGAUCGCGAGCGACGGUUCCAACAGUGUGAUUCCACCGACACGCUGGCUGUUCUCCGUUCUCGUGCCGAUCCUGCUAAUGGUGUACGGACUAAAGCGCAAAGGAGUCAACAAAUCUGGGGCCGCUUUCGGGCUGGCGUGUGCCGUGAUCUUGUCCAUAGCUUCGCACGCGUUUCUCGCCUGUCUGGCAGCGUUUUUCUUCAGCUCCAGCCGGGCCACAAAAUUUCGGGCACAUGCGAAGCGCAAGUUUGAGGAUGAUUUUAAGGACGGCGGCCAACGAAACUGGGCUCAGGUGAUCUGCAACGCGGGCAUGGGGACGCAGCUGGCCCUGCUCUAUCUGCUGGAUUGCGGGUACGGCGAACGACCGAUCGAUUUCGUCAACCUGUAUCGCUCCAGCUGGCUCGGUGUCGCCAUCAUGGGUUCGUUCGCGUGCUGCAACGGUGACACGUGGGCAAGCGAGCUGGGAACGGUAAUCGGAAGUGGCGAACCGUUCUUGAUCACAACGAGGAAGCGCGUUCCACGUGGCACCAAUGGUGCCGUUUCAUUCGUUGGACUGAUUGUGAGCUUCCUUGGUGGAACACUCAUCGGAUUGGUGUACUUCCUUACCGUGCGAUACACGGUCGAGACGAACAUCUACAACAACAGCCCCAACCAGUGGCCGUUGAUCGUGUUUGGUGGGAUGGCUGGACUGCUGGGAUCGCUGGUGGAUUCGCUGCUUGGCGCCACACUGCAAUACUCGGGGCUAAACGAACGCGGCCAGAUUGUAGAGCGGCCCGGGAAAACCGUGCGCCACAUUAGCGGCGUGCGGAUUCUGGACAAUCACAGCGUGAAUCUAAUAUCGACCAUCGUGAGCGGGAUCGUGAUGCCUUCGAUUGCGAUGAAUCUCUGGCCAAUGUUUUAGCCAUUGGCGCAUCCGAAGCAAGCACGCUAGUGCCUCGUCAUCCCACGGAGAGGAGGUAUAGCUCGUAGUGGGUACCUUUUUUUACCUAGUGACUUACAAUUUUUUAGUGGUGGUAAGCGAAUAAAUUAUAAUUGCGGCAU